AUGGUGAUCAAGGCACCCUCUUCUGAAAUUAAUUCGCUCAAAGACAUUAUUCAGUUAGAAAUCUGAAGAUACAGCCAAAAAGGGCUUGGACUGCUCCCUGCGCUUUUUAUGGCAUUUUUUACCUUUGUCUGCAUCCCACCGCUGGUGCGUCCUCUUUAUGAGUUACUUCCAUAUGACAGAAAUAUUCUGAUGGUAACUUUAGUCCAAAUAGUCUUACACGAGUUUAUGUUUAUUUUAGGGAAUAUUAUGAUUUUUAUUAUUUACUACCUCAAACACCCCUUUUUCGAGCAAUAUAAAACUUACCCAGAUCCUUGGCCAUGGGAAAAAGACCCUGUCCAAUUUAAAGCCCAAUUUAAGCACGCAGUUUGGAAUGUCUUGGUUAAUCAUUUUAUAGUCCAUCCUAUUAUGCUUGCCCCUUAUUUGACUGGGAAUAUUCCUUAUCGUAUGGACUUAGAGACUUUUCCUAGCUGCUCUGAGCUUAUUAUUCAGGUUUUCUUUUGCCUUCUGGCUGAAGAUUUCACUUUUUAUUGGGCUCAUAGGACACUUCAUACCCCUAAAUUAUAUGGAAUGAUCCAUAAGCAGCACCAUGAGUAUAAAUACACAAUUGGAUAUGUGGCGGAAUACGCGAAUCCAGUUGAGUAUGCUAUAAACUUAUUUGCGACAGGAAUUGGGCCGUUUUUGUGUGGAGCACAUUGUCAUAUAUUUACGAUUUAUUUGUGGUACAGCAUAAGGACGUUUGAAACUUUGGAUGGGCAUUGUGGGUAUGAUUUUCCUUGGAGUCCUUUUAGGCUGCUGCCACUGUGUGCAGGGUCGCAGUAUCAUAGUUAUCAUCACCAAAUGAAUAUAGGGAACUUUGGCUCACAGUUUAUUUUUUGGGAUACAAUUUGUAAAACUAAUGCAAAGUAUUGGAAAUCUGUGUCAAAAAAUAAUGCUAAAGUGGAUUAA